CUUCGCAGGUAUACACAACCAGGGUAUAUUACGCGGUGACUCCGGGUCGCCACAAAUUCCGACGACAGGAACGCUUCAUGGCCAGGAGUACCGCCGUCCUGACGGAUUGACGGAUCAUGUAUGUUUGAAGUCUCGAAGGAUGUUGAUCGUGCUUCGAUUGUAGAGGUUGGGCGAAGCACGACUACUCACCUCCAUGACUCGUGUUCCGACAACAAUGCUGCACAGUGACGCUACAGCCCGUUAGACGCCCAGCCGGGCGAAGCUCAAGGCUAGGUACCGUCGUACCGGGCGGUGUGUCGCGUGUGGCUAUAUGCUCAGCGAUUUUUGCGUUUGUUCAUGAUGUCUACAUGUCAUAAUAUCUGUGCAUUGCUGAGGGUACGACUAAGAUGUCCGCACAUGGCAGGCACGAUAAAUAUUACGACAGUGAUGAUUCCGGCCGGGUGAGGAGCGGCAGAAGAUCGCACCGCAGCACACGGUACAGAUCCCCAGACGAGGAUUACUAUGAUCGCAGGCGAUCGCGUGAUACGCAUGAUGGACGCGAUGCGGGCGGCCAGUCCAAAUAUGACAUGCUUGGGAAGACGUCUCUGGCCGUUGGCAUACUACAGGUUGUGGCUGGGUUGAUGCAGAUCUGGAUCACGAAGAAAAGCGCGGAUCGGGAGCGCGAAAACCAGCGGCAGAAGCGAAAGGAGUUCGAGCGGGCGAAGAGGGAGAGGAGAAGGCGGGAGAAAGAUAGCGAAGAUGAGGGUGAUGAGGCGGAGGAAGUAAGGAGAAUAGGGUAUGGUAGUGCGAGGUCUAGGUCGAGGUCGAAGUCUAGAGCGAGGAGGAAGACCAUCGAGGCGCCGCCGCCGCCGCCAGGUAGUGGAAAGAGUUCGAGGAGGAGUUCACUCGGUGCCAGGGGUUGGGACGAGGAGACGAUGCCCGAGAGACGUGGCUAGGAAUGCAUUGUUGAUUGGGACAAGCGCCUGAGCACCGCGUCUCAUCAAGACCGUGCAGUGAUGCAGGCGCCAGCUUGCUGUUCACCUUUACUUCGUCCACGUCCGUAUUGCGAUACCUGGGGCAAGCCUCGAGAGUACCUGUUGCGGCAGCCUUACUGCUUAUCAGCGGUUGCUUCGAUCGUGGCAAGCCCAUGCGAGGGCUGCUGAGCACGCGAGGCGUUCUGCGGACUACCAGGGCUUGAAUUCAUUUUCAUGAGCUCCAUACUCCGGAAACAGGGCAUCCAGUCGAUUUGGGGCCACGCUGGGCACUCAAUAGCCUAUACUUUGCACCGAACGCCGCCUU